UCCCCGCGCAGGUCCCGACUCCCGCCGCACCUCCUCCGGCUCUGCAGUGGCGGCGGGGAGGCGAGCCGGAGAGCCAGCGGGGCCAGGGCCGGAGCCGAGCCGGGGUCGGGGCAGCAGCGGGGACCCUCGGAGGCGGGGCCAGUGGGACUGCGAUGGGCGUGGAGAUCGAGACCAUCUCCCCGGGAGACGGAAGGACAUUCCCCAAGAAGGGACAGACGUGUGUGGUGCACUACACAGGAAUGCUCCAAAAUGGGAAGAAAUUCGAUUCAUCCAGAGACAGAAACAAACCUUUCAAGUUCAGAAUUGGCAAACAGGAAGUCAUCAAGGGUUUUGAAGAGGGUGCGGCCCAGCUGGGUCCUCUUUCUCCUCUCCCCAUCUGCCCCCAUCCCUGCUAGAUGAGCUUGGGGCAGAGGGCGAAGCUGACCUGCACCCCCGAUGUGGCGUAUGGAGCCACGGGCCACCCUGGUGUCAUCCCUCCCAAUGCCACCCUCAUCUUUGACGUGGAGCUGCUCAACUUAGAGUGAAGGCAGGAAGGAACUCGAGGUGGCUGGAGAUGGCUGCUGCUCACCCUCCUAGCCUGCUCUGCCACUGGGACGGCUCCUCCUGCUUGGGGCUCUUGAUCAGUGCGCUAACCUCACUGCCCCACAGCAUUACCCAUGCUCUGCCCAAGUUGCUCUGUAUGUGUUCAUCAUCGUACACGCGCAUCUUUGCUUGAGGAAACUUCGGUUGCAGAUCAAAACAUUUCAGGUUGUGCAUUUUGCGUGAAGCAUGUCGUAGCCAUUUCUGAUCACAGAAUACAGAUUUCUCGUUCGCACAAUCUACACUGCCUUACUUAAGCCAGACACACAAGGUGCUCAGACAUGAAAUGUACAUGGUAUACACAGAGGGACUUGAGCCAGUUACCUUUGCUGUCACUUUCUCUCUUAGCAAUUCUGUUGGCUGCUGACUUACACAAUGUCCUCCUUGGAAAUGAUAUGUAAAAUAAAGGCUCUGUGCUUGACAAAUUCCUGUACAUCCUUAUUGUAGGAAGUAAGUGCUUUAAGGACUGCAUAACCAGUUGCCCUUGGGAAAGAGUGGGAAGGAGCCUUCCAAGUAGCCAGGAAUGAUAAUAAACAUAAUAGCUAUGAUGUGAGUUUUGUACAUGCUGGGCCUUGUUCUAUAUAUUUUUAAAUAAAAUUGCCACCAACCCUCUAAGCAGCCCUACAAGGUAGGUAUUAACUUGCCACUUGCCUCACAGGCUCAGAAUUCUUCUCCGAAUAACCGAAGGAAUGUAUUGUGUUCAAACCUCAUAGCCUAGCAAUCCAACAUAGGAUUUGAGCACUUGUCUGACCUUGCAAUCUCCCUGUGUUUGGACUUAGAGGGACGAGUUCUCCUCACCCAGCAGGAAAAGAACACUACGCCUGAAUGAAUGAAGGUGUGUUAGGUCUUCGAGCCCUACACUCACUCACGCUGGGAAGUUACUUUUGAAAAGGAAUGUGUGGUUUUGAGCUUGUUUUUGCAUUUACUGCUUAGUUUCAUCUAGUUUUGCUCUUACAUUGGGGUAUUAUUUCUGAGAAUGUAUGAUUCUGAACUUGUUUCCAUAUAUACUGCUUAUUUUCAUCUAUACUUACUGUAACUUAUGGGAAUUCCCAGUUAGGGUUUAUCAUCAGCCCACUUACUGGUGUGGGCUGUGUGUUUGCCAAAAGAGCCUGGGGCAAUGUGGCUAAGAGAUUUUUCUUUUGACAUAGGUGAGAAAAGUUCUUUGCCAUAGUCAGGGCUAUUCUGUCAGUGAGGACUUGGAUUAAGAUUGAGGAGAGGCUGGUAGGUUAGCACUUAGUUUCCUGCAUAGAUUCACUGAUACAUGUCACAUAAUGUCAUACGAAUGAUAAUGGGUCCACGUCAUCUUGGCUGCUUCAUCUACCCCUUUAGUCUCCAGGAAGCCCUGGCUGUAUUCCUCCGCUGAGGAUCAAGGAGUUAAGAGGCAGUGCUUUAAGAUGGAGGAAAAGAAAUGAGAAAGGGGGCGCUUUGCUUUUAAUCACCCAACCCCCGGUCUCACUUCUGUUGUGGAAGCAGACCAGCCAGAGGGUGCUGCACUCAUUGCUUUCUGGGGUCUUUCCUUCAGAAUGUCUUAGUUCCCAGGUUUUUUCAAUGACACGAAUGUCUCUGAUAAUUUCUCAGAACUUUGCCUGUUAUGAGAGACAUACUCCUGUUUUCUGCUGUGACACUAGCAGGAUAAAAUAAAAAAUGGCAUCAAGGACCAUUUCAGGUGUCCACUGUGGAGCUGAAAAAAAAUCUCAGUGUAGAGUAUUCAUAAGUUAAGGGGUCAUGGGAGACACCCACCAAGAGAACCAAAACAAACAAAUGCAAAUAACUACUGGCUAGCACCUGGAAAGGAUAUGCUAGGCUUUGCAGGCCCUGCUUUACUGGAGCUCUUAAAAGAUGAUGCAGAAAAUUAUGAGACAGUAUGCCAACAAGUUUGGACAUUGUCCUGGGAGAGCCCCUGAGAGUUGUUAAGCAGGAGAGUGGUAAUGAGAUCUAUGUCGUAUCAGUCAUUUUCAAAUUUCCAGUCUACUCAUACAAAAUCUUUCUUAGAAACUCAGAAUUUAACCUAGGUGAACGUAAAGCAGCUCUGGCACACAUCGAUACACUUACAUGUGCAUGAGCACGAUCGUCCCUUGUACUCUUAAAAGCAGUUUGAAGGGGCGCCUGGGUGGCUCAGUUGUUGGGCAUCUGCCUUCGGCUCAGGUCAGGAUCCCAGGACCCUGCAAUUGAGCCCUGUGUCAGGCUCC